AUGGUCCCGAAGACAGCUAAUCAAAAACAUCGACACAUACAACUCAAAGUUCGAUUUAUCCGAUCAUCGAAUGAUCAGAGCCACUCUUCUGAUCUCCAAUUCACAAAUUCAAAGAAUGAUGAGAAGACCUGUCGAACCGAGAAAACCGCGCCUACAACUCCACAAAAAUCUGUACACAAACGAGCUCGAGAAAAUGGAGGAAGUGCUCAAAAGAUGCGAUUACUCCGAUCUGAUAAUCAACAUCAAAAAAUGUGCAGAAGAAUGCUCCACACCAGCACCAAAAAAUCAAAAAAUCAGCAUCGAGACGAUGGAGCUGCUGAAGAAAAGAAAGAUCAUAAUUUCUUCAGAGCACAGCACUCCUCAAGAAAGAAAGAACAUCUCAAAAGAAGCGAGAAACGCCGUGAAACUAGACCUGGAAAAUUGGGAACGCCAAUUGAUUGGAAGAGCUGUAGAGAAAAGGCGAAGUAUAAAAAAGGUGCACCGGAUUAUUGCGGAAAAGUCGGAGAUGUUUGGAAAACUGAAAAGGAACAAUGGCACAACAACCACCAACCGCACAGAAAUCAGAAACGAACUGGUCAACCACUUCACUGA